AUGCCUGGGCUACCAGCCUCGGUUGAUCUCGACGAAUGCAUCUCCCGCCUGUACAAAAAAGAGCUCCUGGCCGAAUCAGUAAUUGAGGCAAUAUGCGCCAAGACGAAAGAGCUGUUGAUGCGGGAGAGCAAUGUGGUGCACGUUCGGGCGCCCGUCACAGUAGUGGGGGACAUACACGGGCAAUUCUACGACUUGAUAGAGAUCUUCAAAAUCGGAGGCUGGUGUCCAGAUACCAACUACCUGUUCCUCGGUGAUUACGUCGAUCGCGGCAUGUUCAGUGUCGAAACAAUAUCCCUCCUCGUCUGCCUCAAGCUACGCUAUCCGAACCGAGUGCACCUCAUCCGGGGCAACCACGAAUCCCGCGGCGUAACUCAGUCGUACGGUUUCUACACCGAGUGCUCGCGCAAGUACGGCAACGCCAACGUAUGGCACUACUUCACGGACAUGUUCGACUUCCUGACGCUCAGCGUCGUCAUCAACGAUCAGAUCUUCUGCGUCCACGGUGGCCUAUCCCCCAGCAUUCACUCCAUCGACCAGAUCAAAAUAAUCGACCGCUUCCGCGAAAUCCCCCACGAAGGGCCCAUGGCCGACCUCGUGUGGUCCGACCCCGACCCGGAGCGGGACGAAUUCUCGCUUUCCCCCCGCGGAGCCGGCUACACUUUUGGCGCCAAGGUGGUGAAGAAAUUUUUGGCUGUCAAUCGCAUGUCGCAUAUCCUCCGGGCCCACCAGCUCUGCCAGGAGGGGUUCCAGGUCCUAUACGACGACCAACUCAGCACGGUGUGGAGCGCGCCCAACUACUGCUACCGGUGCGGAAAUAUGGCUAGCGUUCUGGAAGUAGGCGACACGGGUGAACGCUUCUUCAACGUCUUCGCCGCGGCCCCCGAGAACGACCAGGUCAAGGACAUACAGCAGGGGGCGGAGAAGACAGCCGACGGGAACGCGUUGCCCGAUUAUUUCUUGUAG